UCGUCAUCAGUCAUCACCGAAAACUUAUUCCCGUUGGAGAGCCAAGGACGAAUAUGGCGGACGGUUGCUUGGGACCCUCGCUGUCCUUCCCCACCGCAAAUUUCCACUCCCAUUCCCUUGUAAGUACCCCUGCUUCAAUUCCAUUCCCUUUCUCCCUCUCCCCUCGAAUUUCCCUUUCUAGAGACCUAUCCAGCAUGUGGCUCAGAAAUCACUGCUCCUUCGAUUCCCAGGCGACUGCUAGCAGCAAUUCCACUCAGCCCUCUUUGCUUGUCUUCUCUGGUGGAACGGGCUUUAACGGUGUUGUGGAAGAGCUUAAGAAGUUAACAACCCACGUGGCUCAUGUUCUCCCAGUUUCUGAUGAUGGAGGGAGCACAGCUGAGAUUGUUCGUGUUCUCGGCGGUCCAGCAGUUGGAGACAUCCGAUCGCGAUGCUUAAGACUAUCUGAUCAAAGUACCAAUGAAGCUCUAGCAGUGCGAACAUUGCUGGGCCAUCGCUUAUCUCUCGAUAUGUCAGAAGCUAAAUAUGAAUGGUAUGAGAUUGUAGAAGGGAAGCACUCUCUAUGGACAGGUGUGUCAAAGCCGUACCGAGAGACUAUUCGAGCUUUUUUAGUUUAUUUUCAGGAUCAGAUCCUCAGGAGGUCAGAUGAAUCAUUCUGUUUCAGUAAUGGAAGUAUUGGGAAUUUUUUCUUUGCUGGAGCUCGGAUAUUCUUUCAGUCUUUAGAUGCUGCAAUAUUUUUGUUUUCACGCGUCUCAGAAAUUCCCCGUGAAAGUCUUAUUCUUCCAGUUAUAUCCACUAACGACAGGCUGACCUUAGGGUGUGAAUUAUGGGAUGGAACUAUAAUACGCGGUCAGAAUGAAAUAUCGCAUCCCACCAAUGGAUCUAUGCAAUUCAUAAAUAAGAGCAACUCAUCGAUUCCAUCUCUUCCUUCAAGACUAAAGCGGGUGUUUUACAUGUCAAGUGAAGGCAGCAAUCUGUUGCACGAGGUCUUUCCUUCGGCAAAUCCAGCAGUCUUAGAGCAACUGCGGACCGUCGACUGCAUUAUAUUUGCCAUGGGUUCGCUGUUCACCUCAAUAUGCCCCUCUCUGGUUCUUCUCAGAAUUGGGGAGAUAAUUUCAUCCCGAUCAUGCCCCAAGAUACUUCUCUUGAACGGUACGCAUGAUAGAGAGACCAGUGGCUUUACGGCAUCCUGCUUUGUUACGGCUAUUACAGACGCCCUAAAUCGAACUUACGGAGAUCCUCAUAACUGUCUGCAGAAUCAUCCAAGUCAAUACAUCAACACAAUUUUUGCACCUAAGGACGGUCAGAUUCCUAUAAACUACGAUCGCCUGAAUGCCCAAGGAAUCGUCAACGUGGUUACCGUUGACUCGGUGCAUGAUCCAACCGCAGGCGUCUUGUUCGAUCCAACAUCGCUGAUACAAUCUUUAUCGAAUUUGCUAACAGAAUCUUGCACAAGGAAGAGUGUUGCCGGAAGUUAAGAGGGAGGGAGUUUUGCGCUGCAG